GGGCCGAGCCUAGCGCGGCGGCGGCGGGGAUGCAUUGGGGUCCGCCGGGGCGGCGGGCGCGGAGCAGGUAAGGGGGAAUGGGGUGGGUGGUCGGGGCCUUCUGCACCCCCGGGACCCCGGCAGGGCAUCCCCCUGCGGCUCCCCCGGGCCAUUCCCACCAAUCCCAUCGCAUCUCUUCCAUUGCAUCCCCGCUAUGCUUCCUCCAUUCCGCACAUCUCCAUCCCUUCCCCCCAUAGCCCAGCGCCCUGCCCUCCUCGUCCCAUCUUAUCUCCGGCGCCCUCUCAGGCCAUCCCCAUCCCAUCCCCAUCCCCAUCUUCAUUCUCAUCUCAUCACCAUCCCAUCCCACUCCCGUGCCUCCAUCACCGCGCCGCAGUGCCAUCUGUCCCCGGGCCCGGCUCAGCACCCGGCGCGGCCCAGCGGGCCCAGUGUCACCCGGCGCCGGUGCGCAGUGCGGAGCCACCGCCCCGGGACCAGCAGCUCUGCUUUCCCCGGCUGCGUCCCCUCGCCCCGCCGGGCACUGCAUUCCGGGCAGGUAAUGGGGACUGCGGGGGGCUGCGGGGGUGACAGCGGGCCUGGCGAUGUCACCCGGCACUGUGCCCCGCUGGAGCAGGCUGCCCCAUCUGUGUCCAUCUGCGGGAGCCCCUCGGGGCGGGGAGCCCCAAGCACCGGCCCUAAAAAGGAGAAGGGGUCGGGGCACACAGGGGGAAUGCAUCGGCGCGACCUUGCACGGAGCACCCAGGCCUGGGCUGCAAGUGCAGCGGGCGCAGUUCACUGGCCACGCAUGCAGCAUGCUUUGCACAGUGCAGGAGGCGCGCACACGCAGGAUGCCCGAGGCCACAGGGCCGUGCAGUGGCAGCCAGCUCAGUGCAGCGCAGUGGCAGCAUGAUUGUGCUGUGAGUGCGGUGCUGCAGCAGCAGCGUGCUCGGUGCGGUGCGUGUAGGCAGCGUGCUGGCGGUACAGGCGGGGGCUGUGCUGGCAGCACACCCUAAGCAGCACUCCCAGGGUGUUCUGUGUGAUGGGCACAGGGAUGUAGCAAUGCCCAUGGGCCGGCGGCGUGCCUGGGGCGGCGUGCAGCUGAGCCGGGUGGGUCGAAGGGCAAUACUCAGUGCUGAGCCCACCGUGGGCACGGGACAGGCUGGGGGCAGAGCAGGUUGGGGGCAGCGGCACCGCACAGCCCUCGUGCCGCCUGCCCUCGUGCCACGUGCAGGGAGCGACCCAAUUCUCGGAGCCUCCCCAGGGCCCCUCCUGCAGCCCGGGGUCUCUGCUGGCCCCAAAUGCCCUCGUGCCGCUCCUUGCACGCUGCUGGGAAGGCACUGCUGGCUCCCUCGGUGCUGUGUGGGAUCACAGCUGUGGGCAGAGUGCUGCUGGCACACGUAAGGCAGAGGUGUCCCCAAGAAGCAGAGGUGUGAGGGGCUGUGAUAAACCACAGGGGCCCUCUCCGGGAGAGGGUGCAGUGGGAUGCAGGUGGUGGGUUUGCUGUGUCCCCAGAGGGUGCCAUGGGACCCAUACAAGCUCCAUCUGCAGCCCUGAAACGCUGCCAGCUGAUGGCGGCAUCCUCCGGGGGAUACAGGAGGAACCCAGGGGCUGGGGGCAGAACGGGGCUGCUAGCACCUACCAGCGGGAGGCAGGAGAGUGGGUGGGAGCAAAAUCCUCCCCCUGUAGAGGGGACGUGGUGCUCGGGACCCGUGGGCAGUGGGAGUGUGGCAGUGCACCUGCCCGCCCUGAGGCACACAGACACAGUCCCCACAUACAGCUCGCUCUUCUCAAGGCUCAGGCCACUCCUGGGGGCCCUGCUGAGUUCUGUCUGAGCACCCAAAUGGGGCUGCUGUGUCACACCGGUGUCCGUCCCACCAUGGACAGCCACAGCAGGACCAUCCCUGCUGUGCCCCAGAUGCGCAGUGGAUGCCCAUGUGGGUGCUCCCCGUGCACUGCUGCAGAGCCCCCCCAGCGCCCUGCCGCGCAGCCUCCCCACGCACCCACGCCAUCCUCGCAGAGGAGGAAUAAUUUGGGGAAACCAUGGCAACCCAGGGAUGCACCACGCUGUCCCUGGGUUCCCCUGGCAGCGCGACCUCGCACAGCUCAGCAGGUGGUGUGGUGUCCGUGUGAUGCAGAGCCCACACCCCUGGAGCUCUCUGUGCCCCGUGGCCCCAGCAGCCACCUGCUCUCAUGGCCAGGACCCUCAACACACCUCUUUUAUUUUGCAGCGCUGGGAUGGAGCCGCCGCGGUGCCCUCGGCCAGCUCAGCCCACCUGCCCCAUCCCUGCUGCUGCUGGACCAGGGCCAGCUGCCUUCCCCUGAGGCCAUCUGAAGGAAGCUGGCAACAGAAGCGUCACUUUUAAGAUGACACGAACGGACCCACCUGACAUCCUGGUGUCUACGGUGUACCAAGACAUAAAGGUGGCCUCCGCAGCCCCUGGGGAUUCCAUUGUCCGCCAGCCCCUGGCGCGAUGUGACGCCUCCAUGUCCUCCUCCCUGCCCCGCGACCCUCAGCCCUUCAACAAACGCCACUGCCGGAGCUUUGACUUCCUCGAGUCGCUGGACGAGCCGCUGGGCGCUCCUCCGGCCAUGGAGCGGCCGUGCCCGCAGCCCGGCAACCCCGAGCCCACCACAGGGCCACCAGGCCGGCGCGUGCCCCCCAAGCCGGACCCGUACGGCGGCAGGGCCCCACCACCGGCCAGGGAUGCUCCGCGGGGCGAGCCGAAGCGGCGGGCCCGCUCCAAGAGCACGCCGCGGAUGAAGCCCUCCUUCACACCGGUGCCCAUCACCGUCUCGGCAUCGCCACCCCCAGCCCGGCGUGGACGCGAAGCGCUGCGGGUGGAGCGGGGGCCGCCACGUGCCGAGCCGUCACCGCGCCGCGAGAGCCACGUGCCGCUGCGAGCGUUGGCCAACGAGGUGCACCCCAUCAAGCUGCAGCCGCAGCGCAGCAGCGUCAGCCGCAUCUCCCCGCUCUGCGUAGGCAGCAACUGCUUCGAGGAGGGGCCGGGCACCAAGGUGGGCGCCAGCCCCCACGUCAAGUGCCGCGUGGACAUCAAACCGGACGAGGCGGUGUUGGUGCACACUGCGCGCAGCCUGCGGGCUGCGCAGAGCCGGCCAGAGCCGCCACAAUGGCCCCGCGCCCCUGGGGCCGCCCGCAGCCUGGCAGUACCGGGGAGCAGGCAGGUGUCCAUGUCCCGCACGCCCACCCCCAGCGACUCCUACAGUGGGGACCCCCCGCUCCUGCCCUACCCCGGUGAGUACUUUGAGGCGGAUCCACGGGCGCUGGCGUACCAGACGGUGCCGGUGCCGGCCUCACGGGAAUUCAGGGAGUACCCCGAGAGGGGCUGCAUGACCUUCUCGGCGGCCAGUGUCCCCACCAAGUUCUUCUAUGCGGAGGAGCCGGUGCGGUGCCCCAGCCCCGCCAUGCCGCUGCGGAGCGCGGGCUACGCCAGCUACCCCUACCCUGUGCGCCACGGCCCCCCACAGCACUUCUACGUGGAGGACCCGGCCAGGGCGGGCGUGCACACUGUGCCACCGCGGACGUUGUACGUGGAGGAGGCGCGGGGUUUCCCCGUGCAGGAGGCGCCCACCCAUGCCUUCUACAGAGAGGAGCCUCGCUUCUACACCCCACGCAGCACCCCUGUCAAGGCCCUGUAUGCGGAGGAUGCCCGGACAUACCCAGCACUUGGCUCCUCAGCCAGGGUCUUCUACGCUGAGGACUACGGGAAGUACCGUGAGCGGGAGGUGCUCUCACGAACGUGCCCCCCUCCCCGCAGCACCCAGCCCUUGCACUUCGGUGACUGGUACUGCCCCGAGCGGAGCGCGCUGCCCUACCAGAGCUUGCAGGUGUCACGCUUUGCCCCGCAGCCGGCUGGGCGCGAGGCCAUGCUCUCCUCCUGGCACGCCAGCUACAGCACAAACCCACCGCGGCUGGGCCGGGACAGCCAGCACUACUCCAAAUCGUGGGAUAACAUCCUGGCACCCGCAGCACGCAGGGAGGAGGCCCUGCAGCGCGGGCGCAGCUACGAGAACCUGCUCGUCCAGGAGCAGCACCGUGCCUUAUCCCCUGACGAGCGCCGGCAGCCAGUGGUGAUCAACCUGUCGAGCUCGCCCAAGCGCUACGCUGCCCUGUCCCUGUCGGAGAGCUCCAUCCUCGAGCGGGUGCACAGCGACAGCGGCCGUGGCCCCCUGGGCCGUUCCUGGUACGUCACGCCGGAGAUCACCAUCACUGACAACGAUAUCCGCGCCGAUGGGAUGGGCCGCAGUGAGCGGCGCUCGGCCAGCUGGGACGUGCUGGAUGCAGGACGGGAGCAGACGCCCUACGCUGCGCCCUACGCCCCGCAGCCCGUCCCCAAGGAGAGUGGCUCAGCGCGCCAGCGCAGCCUGGAGCAGCUGGAUGAGCUCAUCACCGAUCUUGUCAUCGACUACAAGCCGGCGCCAGGCCACCGUGCAGGGGACAGAGACAGCCUGGCUGAGCAGCUCAAGAAGCUCCUGAGCAGCAGCGCCCCAGGACCACCUCGGCGGGGUGAGGGGAGGAAGGUUCCCCCCAGCAUGCCUGAGAGUUUCCGGCCCACGAAGGAGCAGCCGGGUCCCAGCUCUUUCGGCGGCGCCCCGCGCCCACAGCCCUCCCCGCCAGCCAGCAGCACCUUUGAGAAGCCUCUGGAGAACUGCUCACCUGACCUGAGCGCGGAGGAGGAUGACAUGAUGAUGUGCUCCAACGCCAAGUGCCGGCGGACGGAGACCAUGUUCAAUGCCUGCCUCUACUUCAAGUCGUGCCACAGCUGCUACACAUAUUACUGCUCCCGGCACUGCCGCCGCGAGGACUGGGACACGCACAAGGAGAGCUGCGUCUACGGCCGCGUGGGCAGCGUCUGCCGCCACGUGCUGCAGUUCUGCCGGGAGAAUGCUGAGGUGCACAAGGCCUUCUCGCGCAUUGCCAAGGUGGGUUACCUGUCCCGCGGCCGCGGUGUGCUCUUCCUGGGCUUCCCCAACUCGGGCUCAGCUGAGAACUUCCUGCAGUUCGGGCUGGAGAGCCUGCUGAUGUCCCCCACCUACCUGUCCCUGCGGGAGCUGGAGAGCUACUCAGACAACCUGGGGGAGUACGCCCGGGAGCUGCGGGAGACCGGCAACCAGUACGACCCCGACGAAUGUUUCCUCUUGAAUGUAACCGUGGCCGUGGCUCAAAAAGUGCCGGAGAGGCCGUCUCCAAAGGUGCAGGUGCCGACGGUCAGGAAAUACGCCAAGGUGGCCUUAGCCUCCUCCAGCCCCGAGAAGAAGAUCCCAAAGAAGGAGCGGGAUAUGGAGACGUUGAUCCUGACUCCGCCACCCGGCACGGCGGACAUCGACAAGGAGGGCGAGGAGGGCCGCAAGGCGCGGGAGGUUUGCUUCAUCAACAUCCAGCGGGAGCUGCGCAUCCGCGGCGUCUUCCUGCGGCACGAGUUCCCAGCCGUCUACGAGCAGCUCUGCGACUUUGUGGAGAGCAACAAGCGCUUCACCCCCACCACCAUUUACCCCAUCGACAAAAGGACAGGCAAACAGUUCAUGUGCAUGAUCAUGGCUGCCUCCGAGCCCCGCACGCUGGACUGGGUGGCCAGCCCCAACCUCCUGGAUGACAUCAUGUGAAAGUGGCACUCGGACCCCAGCGGCCGCGCGGUCCCUCUGUAGAUAGGCGUUUUCCCGGCCAGGCGGUGGGACGGGCACCCUCUGCUCCCCGGGGAGGAGGCCGAGGGGAGUUGGGGGGGGUUACCGGAGCCGCCGGGUGCCGUGGCGCGGUGCAGCAGCAUCCCGCGGGUCUCCACGUGCCGCGCCGCAGCACCCCGCACCCCCACCCACACCCGGAGCCCGGCGCGGCGCAUCCCCCGGCCGGGACCCACACCCGGCCGGGAGCCGCAGGGCGCUGCUGGGCUACAGCAGGUGCUGCCUGCGGGGCUGCGCGGCUCCGCGGGGCCGGGUGAGAGCGGGGCAGCGUAAGGCCGCUGUGCUGUGCUGUGUCCUGAGCGUGGCACCGUGUGUGAGCCGCGGGCGCGGCGGGGAGGCGGCCGAGAGCCGGGGCAGGCGCAGGGCCGGGGGGGACAGAGCGGGGACAGAGCCCGGCGCCGUGCCGGGCCCUACCUGGAGCAGGGCCCCGCCCACCGUCCGGCACCGCCGCCCCGUUCCGCCGCGGCCGGUGGC